GAGCGGGAAGCGCGCAGCGGCGAUACCGGCGGGCUGCCGGGCUACAGAAACAGCUCCGGCGGGGGGCUCUCUCCCUGUCUCCGGGCACGACUGCAGCUUAGGUGUUGCUGCUGAUCGAUCUGCACUGUCCCUCCUCUCUCUCUCCCGCGUGAAAAGCAAAAAAAGCAAGCCCCAGGAAAAAAUUCCCUGCUGUGACUGCUGCUGCCGCCGCCGCCGCCUCCUCGUCUGCUGAGUCAUGGAUUGAGGGUCCCUCUCUCGUCGCGGAAAUCACUGACACGUCUCGGAACUGGGUCUGCUGCCGCAGCCAUUCGGAGCCCUCUUUCCAGGGCCACCAGGAUCCAGCAGGGAUAACGCUCCGCCUCCUUCUCCAGCCGUCUGCAUAGGCAAGCUUGCCCUCCGCAGCGUUUUCUCUCCGAGGCUCGGGUCUGUCCUCCAGGCUUUUUCCUCCUUUCCGUGCCCACCUUCUCUCUCUGUCUCUCCCCCCCCAAAGAAAAAGCCCCCCCAACUCUUGAACCAUGAUCGCCGCCGCUUUUUUAGUUUUGCUGAGACCUUACAGCAUCCAGUGUGCCCUCUUCUUGCUCCUUCUGCUGCUGGGCACCAUCGCCACAAUUUUAUUCUUCUGUUGCUGGCACCGUAAGCUCCAGAAAGGGAGGCAUCAUCCGAUCAAAUCCGUCUUUUCGGGACGGUCCAGGAGCCGAGAUGCUGUAAUGAGAACUCAUCACUUUCGCUCUGAGGUAAUUUAUUUAGCGCGCAAUCUAAAGGGUUUUAGACCAAGUCCACGCCACAUUAGAAGACGUGUAGUGCCUCGCCUUGAAGAAACACAGCCUCUGGUAGAAGCACAUCAACUGAGUGAGCAAGAAACAUUGAUUAAGAAAAGGAAGAUCAAGAAAAGCAGCAGAGUCCAACCAGAAUUCUACCAUUCUGUUCAAGUCACACCAACUCGAAAGCCAAGCUCAGGAACCGCUUCCUACAGAUGCUCCAUGUCCUCCUCUGCUGAUUUUUCCGACGACGACGAUUUCAGCCAGAAAUCUGGUUCCCUGUCCCCAGCUCCGGGUGACACCCUGCCCUGGAACCUACCUAAACAUGAGAGAUCGAAGAGGAAAAUUCAAGGAGGCUCUGUGCUGGAUCCAGCUGAGAGAGCUGUGCUCAGGAUAGCCGAUGAAAGGGACAAAGUACAAAAGAAAACAUUCACAAAAUGGAUAAACCAGCACCUUAUGAAGAUUCGCAAGCAUGUGAAUGACCUCUAUGAAGAUUUGAGAGAUGGACAUAAUUUGAUUUCUCUUUUAGAAGUUCUUUCAGGAGACACCUUGCCAAGGGAGCGAGAUUUUUUGAAGACCUUACGGUUGGUGAGUUCAACAGAAGCAUGUCCGUAUGAACAGCAUGAGGAUGAGGAGGAUGAGGAUAAGGGGCCCAGAGAGAAAGGUCGGAUGCGUUUUCACAGACUGCAGAAUGUACAAAUUGCACUCGAUUAUUUAAAAAGACGGCAGGUGAAACUGGUGAACAUUAGGAAUGAUGACAUAACGGAUGGGAAUCCCAAAUUGACUUUGGGAUUAAUAUGGACCAUAAUUUUGCACUUUCAGAUUUCUGACAUCCAUGUUACUGGAGAGUCAGAGGAUAUGUCUGCUAAAGAGCGAUUACUUCUGUGGACGCAGCAGACAACUGAGGGUUAUGCUGGAAUUCGUUGUGAAAAUUUCACUACCUGCUGGCGAGAUGGGAAAUUAUUUAAUGCCAUCAUUCAUAAAUACAGGCCGGACCUGAUAGACAUGAAUACCGUUGCUGUUCAAAGCAACCUUGCAAAUUUAGAGCAUGCUUUUUUUGUAGCAGAAAAACUUGGUGUUGCCAGACUUCUGGAUCCUGAAGAUGUUGAUGUCUCCUCGCCUGAUGAGAAGUCAGUAAUCACUUAUGUGUCAUCACUUUAUGAUGCAUUUCCCAAAGUACCAGAAGGUGGUGAAGGCAUCAGUGCACAUGAUGUUGAAGUCAAAUGGGUUGAAUACCAGAAUAUGGUGAACUACCUCAUCCAGUGGAUCAGGCACCAUGCCACAAUGAUGGCUGACAGAGUGUUUCCAAACAAUCCUGUGGAACUCAAGGCACUUUAUAACCAAUAUUUACAAUUUAAAGAAACAGAAAUUCCACCAAAGGAGAUAGAUAAAUCAAAAAUCAAACACCUGUAUAAAUUACUGGAGGUUUGGAUAGAAUUUGGGCGUAUCAAGCUUCCUCAAGGCUACCACCCAAAUGACAUAGAAAAAGAAUGGGGAAAGCUAAUUAUUGCUAUGUUGGAAAGAGAGAAAACACUUCGACCAGAAGUUGAAAGGUUAGAAAUGCUGCAGCAGAUUGCAAACAGAGUUCAGCGAGACAGCCUGAACUGUGAAGACAAACUAAUGCUUGCUCGAAAUGCUGUGCAAUCAGACGCAAAGCGCUUAGAAUCAGGUCUGCAGUUCCAGAAUGAAGCAGAGAUCGCAGGCUAUCUACUUGAAUGUGAGAAUCUACUGUGUCAACAAGUCAUGGAUGCCCAGAAUCUUAUUGAUGGAAAAUAUUACCAAGCAGAUCAGCUGGUCCAGAGGGUUGCAAAACUCCGAGAUGACCUUAUGGCCUUAAGAGCAGAGUACUCCUCAGUCUACAGCCGUGGGAGGACACUGACAACGGAACAGACCAAGAUGAUGAUAUCAGGAAUAACUCAAAGCUUAAACUCAGGAUUUGCACCAAAUUUAAGCCCUAGUUUAAACUCUGGACUAAGCCAGGGCUUAUUGCCCUCCUUGACAUCAUCCAGUCUUACAUCAGGUUUAUCAUCGGGUCUUUCUUCAAGACUGACUCCAGCCAUCACCCCAGCAUACACACCUGGUUUUCCACCACGGUUAAUUCAAAGCUACAUAACAGGAGUUGACACUAGUGCACUACAAACACUCAAACUGAUGCAGAUCCGAAAACCUCUGAUGAAAUCGGCAUUUAUCGAUCAGAAUUUAACAGAGGAGGAAGUCAACAUGAAAUUUGUUCAGGACCUCUUAAGAUGGGUAGAUGAAAUGCAGGUGCAACUUGAUCAGUCUGAAUGGGGUUCAGAUUUGCCAAGUGUUGAAAGCCAUUUAGAAAAUCACAAAAACGUCCACAAAGCUAUUGAAGAAUUUGAGUCAAGCCUUAAAGAAGCAAAAAUCAGUGAGAUCCAAAUGACUGCUCCCCUUAAACUCAGCUAUGCAGAAAAAUUGCACAAACUGGAGAGCCAAUAUGCAAAACUCUUGAAUACAUCAAGAAAUCAGGAAAGGCACCUUGACACCCUUCACAAUUUUGUAUCUCGUGCUACCAGGGAACUCAUAUGGUUGAAUGAAAAAGAAGAGGAGGAGGUUGCAUAUGACUGGAGUGAAAGAAAUACAAAUAUAGCAAGGAAAAAGGAAUAUCAUGCAGAACUAAUGAGGGAACUUGAUCAGAAAGAAGAAAUUAUUAAAUCGGUUCAGGAAAUAGCAGAACAAUUGCUAUUUGAAAACCACCCUGCAAGGCUAACUAUUGAGGCCUACCGAGCUGCAAUGCAGACACAGUGGAGUUGGAUUUUACAGCUUUGCCAAUGUGUUGAACAGCAUCUAAGAGAAAACACUGCAUAUUUUCAGUUUUUCAAUGAUGCCAAAGAGGCCAUCGAUUACUUGAAGAAUUUAAGAGAUGCUGUACAUCGAAAAUACAGCUGUGAUAGGUCCAGCAGUAUUCAUAAACUAGAACAUCUGAUCCAAGAGUCCAUGGACGAAAAAGAACAGCUCCUGCAGUACAAGAACACAGUGGCAGGCCUUGUGGGGCGAGCAAAGACAAUAAUUCAGCUGAAGCCCAGGAAUCCAGAUAAUCCCCUGAAAACAUCCUUACCAAUUAAAGCCAUCUGUGACUAUAGACAAAUUGAGAUAACCAUUUACAAAGAUGAUGAAUGCGUUUUAGCAAGCAACUCCCACCGGGCAAAAUGGAAAGUGAUUAGUCCAAGUGGCAACGAGGCCAUGGUUCCCUCUGUAUGUUUUACUGUUCCUCCACCCAACAAAGAAGCAAUAGACACUGCAAACAGAAUUGAACAGCAAUAUCAGAAUGUCCUAGCCCUGUGGCAUGAAUCACAUAUAAACAUGAAGAGUGUGGUCUCCUGGCAUUACUUAACAAAUGAAAUUGAAACAGUUCGAGCCAGUAAUGUUGCUUCGAUAAAGACCCUCUUGCCAGGUGAACAUCAGCAGGUUUUAAGCAACUUGCAUUCCCGCUUUGAUGACUUCCUGGAAGACAGCCAGAAAUCUAAAAUUUUUUCAGUUGCUGACAUUGCACAGCUAGAAAGGGAGGUGAAUGUGUGCAAGCAGUACUACCAAGAGCUCCUUAAGUCUGCAGAGAGAGAAGAGCAUGAAGAAUCCAUUUACAAUCUAUACAUCUCAGAUGUUCGAAACAUCAGACUCCGUUUGGAGAAUUGUGAAGAUCGUUUAAUUAGGCAGAUUCGAACCCCGCUAGAGAGAGAUGACUUACAUGAAAGUGUAUUUCGGAUCUCUGAACAAGAGAAUCUGAAGAAGGAGUUGGAUCGACUCAAAGAGGAUUUGGAAACGAUCACAGACAAAUGUGAUGAUUUUUUCAGUCAAGCUUCUGGUUCACCCUCAAUUCCUACUCUGCGGUCGGAGCUUAACCUUGUAAUUCAAAAUAUGAAUCAGAUUUACUCCAUGUCUUCCAUUUACAUAGAAAAGUUAAAAACUGUAAAUUUGGUGCUCAAAAAUACUCAAGGAGCUGAAGCACUGGUAAAGCUAUAUGAAACUAAACUAUGUGAGGAAGAGCCAUUAACUGCUGACAAGAGUAAUAUUGAAAACCUUAUGGGAACAUUAAAGCAAUGGAGAUCAGAAGUUGAUGUAAAAAGAGAAGUAUUCCAUGCUCUAGAAGAUGAACUCCAGAAAGCCAAAGCAAUUAGUGAUCAAAUGUUUAAAACACACAAGGAACGUGAUAUUGACUUUGAUUGGCACAAAGAGAAAGCAGAUCAGCUGACUGAGAGGUGGCAAAAUGUUCAUUCUCAGAUUGAAAAUAGGUUGCGGGACUUAGAAGGUAUCAAUAAAUCUCUGAAGUACUACAGGGAUACUUAUGGUGCACUGGAUAACUGGAUUAAGCAAGUCGAAGAAACUCAGCAGAGGUUCCAGGAAAACCCACCUCAAAACAGUAAAGCUCUGGCUAAACAGCUAAACCAGCAAAAGAUGUUAGUGUCUGAAAUAGAGAUGAAGCAAAACAAACUAGAUGAAUGCCAGAAGUACUCAGAGCAGUACUCAGCUGCAGUAAAGGACUAUGAGUUGCAAACAAUGACAUAUAGAGCCAUGGUUGACUCCCAGCAAAAAUCUCCAGUGAAACGCCGAAGAAUGCAGAGCUCCUCUGAUUUUAUUAUCCAAGAGUUUAUGGAUUUACGAACACGCUACACAGCUUUGGUAACCUUGAUGACUCAGUAUAUAAAGUUUGCUAGUGACUCUCUCAAAAGACUGGAGGAAGAAGAGAUUCUAAAAAAUAAGGAAGCAGUAGUACGUUCUGAAUAUACUGAUCUGGAACAGCAGCAAAAGGCAGUAACGAAUGAGAACAGAAAACUUAAGGAGAGGAUAAAUGAACUUGAGGAGAUGUUAGAGGAGUUGAGGAGACGGAAGUUCCAAGCCGAAGACGAUUUGCCCAAAGCCAAGGCAGAUGCAGAGAAAGAACUGAAGAAACAGCAGAAGACAAUUGAAGAGAUUUCUCUCCAGAAAGCCAAGGCUGAGCAAGAGGCAAAGCACUAUCUCAUGGAACUGGAGGAUGUUGUUAAAGAGAAAGAAGGUGCAGAGCAGGAAUUGGAGCGUGUGAAGCAGCUCACUUUGAAAGCUGAGGCUCAGAGAAGUAUAGUUGAAGAAAAGCUCAGGGCUUUCAGAAUCCAGCUAGAGGAAAGUGCCAUAGUUAGAAAGACUCUUGAAGAUAAUUUAAAAAGGAAAGACACAAAUCUUCAAGAUUUAGAGCAGCAAAAGAAAGCAUUAAUGGAAGAGCUGAAGAAGAAAACUGCUGAAGAAGAGAAGCUUAUGAAUCUAAUUAAGGACAUGGAACGAGACCUAGAGUUUCAAGGUAGUUUAGUGAAAAACAAGUGCAGAGAGAAGGAAAUAACUGAAGUUCGAAGGCAAAUUUGUAUAAUAGGACAAGAAACUCUGUUACCAACAGGUUCAGACAUUUUCAGAGAAAAGCAAGAAAUAAGGAAUAUAGAGGAAUUCCAGCAACUUGUAGAUGAGCUAACAUUUGCCAACAAAAAGUCUGAAAAAAUAAUUAAAGAUUUAAAAUAUGAACUGUAUGAACUUGAACUUCAGAAUGCAUCCACUGAAGAAAAGGCUCGUUUACUAAAAGAAAAACUGGAUGAGGCCAAUAAUUCUCUGAGGCGCCUGAAAAUAGAGCUGGAUCAGAAAGAACUGGUAGAGCAAGGAUACUUGGAGCAACUGAAGGAACUCGACAGGCAGCUGCACAAAACCACAGGCAAAGCCGAAGAAAUAAUGCAAGAAGCUAUGGAUCUUAAAAAAAUAAAUAGGAAUGAUCAAGAACAGCUGAGGUCACUUCAAAAAGAAAAGGCACAAUUAAAGAGGGAGCUGGAGGAGCUGGCUAGGACACACACACACACUGAAACCACUAUUCAGCAGUUAAAUUCCCAAAUGACUUAUCUUCAGCAGGAAAAGAUGGUAGCAGAACAGAGAACAAUUUCAUGCAAAGGGGAAGCAAGUAACCUACAGGAGCAGUUCAGAAAACUGCAGGAACAAUUUAUUCAAAAGACAAGAGAAGAAAAAGAAAACCAGCUGAAGAUUCAAAGACUGAAAGAUGAUUUAGCGGAUAGCAAUCACUUGGUGGAAAAGUUAAAACAGAAGAUUGAGGAGCUAACUAGAUGGAACAGCGAGACCAAAAUAAUGAUGACUGAAUUCCGGACUGAAUCGGAGAAGAUAGUUCUCGAGAGACAAAUUAUUGACAGAAAAAAUGAUGAAUUGAAAGUGCUGGCUGAGGGCUUCAAAGAGCAGCUACGUGUCACAAAUGAACAACUGCACAAACAGAUAAUAAUUGAGCAAGAGCACUUGGAUAAAAUCAAGAGAUUAGAAGAUGAGUUAAUAAAAACAAAAGACGCAGCCAAUGAGUUUAAGCAGAAAUGUGACAGGGAGAAUGCUUAUAACAUGAAUGCUGAGAUGGAGGUAAGAAACCUAAGUGCCCAGUUAAGUACCUUUGCUAUGGAAAUGAAGAUGAGUGAGCAGAAAAUCCAGCAGCAGCAAGCCCAUAUUCAUGAGCUCAAUAGCAAGAUGAAGAAGAUGCAAGACGAUUUCCACCAGAAGACCUUAGAUGAACAAAUGGCACGUAAAAAGAUGGCUUCGCUUCAGGAAGAGUCAAUUAAGUUUAAGCAUUCUGCAGAGGAGUUUAAGAAGAAAUUUGAAAAACUCUUGGAAUCCCACAACUUAGCAGAAAAUGACAUAUCAGGUAUAAGGAUGGAAUGCAUCACCCUACAGCAAGAAAGGCACAUGGCUCAAGAAAACAUUAGAAUGUAUAAGGCUCAAAUUGAAGAUCUGCAAGACAGACUUCAGAAAUGCCGCGAGCAGCUGCAGCAAGGCAAGCAUGCUGAAAUGGAAUAUUUGCAGAAAUAUCGCAAACUGGAAGAAGAAUUGCAGAUGCAGAAGCGGACAAUAGAGAACCUGAAGCACCAAAUAGACCUGCAGAACAGAGAGCACUGCAAUCAGUUGCGCUUGUUUCAGAAUGAGAUCAACAAAAGAAACAUCAAGUUAGACUUUGGGUGGAAGGGAAAUGGGUUUAGUUACUUGGGAGACACCUCCCCAAGAGAUUUUGAACAAAUUAACCUCUGUACGAAUACAUCUCCUUUAUUAAGAAGGAGACAAAUAAGUGGUCCAGGUUGUAAAUCUGAACAGCUGGUUGCACAAAAAUUGCAAGUAGCUGCAACUGAUUCAUUGCCACGAGAGAAGCCGUUCCAGUUGUCUGGAAUAACCCAUCCACUGGAAAAUGGGUUAAGCCAACAGUCCUAUGCAGAGUAUGUUUCCCAGACAAGCGCAGAGUUUGAAAUAACAUUUGAUAACAACCCUGUCACAAGAAUAUCAGAAAUAGAUAAAUUGAGAGACGCCAAACUUCUCAGUUCAAGGCAUGAAGACAGUUAUGAAAUGGGAUUAGGGAACCACCUGCAUCCACUGGAGAAGUCAGUGGAAGAGGAAAAGAAAGAACAUGUUGAAAAAGCUGGGGACUUACUGAAAUGGGUGUCAAAUAUUACCAAGAACCUUGGCAAAAACGGAGGAGAAAAGCCUGAAAAAGCAGAUUUUCAUAAGAAACAGAUUUCUUCCGAUGAACUGUCAACCAAGAAAGAACAGAUAUCAGAAGCUUUGCAAACAACGCAGUCAUUUUUAGCAAAACAUGGUGAUAAAAUGACAGAUGAAGGGAAAAAUGAAAUGGAAAACUAUAUGAAGUCUCUGCAAGAAGGUUAUAAACUGUUAUCCAAUGAAGAUUUGAAGCAGUUGCAGCAGGAACAAAAUGUAGAUAAUGACAACAUGGAUGAAAAGGUGGACAAAAUCAUAGCUGGCGUCAUUGAUCAAACAACUGGAGAGAUGUUUUCAGUCUUACAGGCAAUUUAUAAAGGCCUUAUUGACUAUGACACUGGAAUUCAAUUACUUCAGAGCCAGCUCAUUUUAUCAGGUCUAAUUUCACCAGCCUUGGGAAGAAGGUUUGACCUUGAAGAAGCAAAAGCCCAUGAACUUGUUGAUGAACAAGCUAUAUUGCAACUGCAAGGUUUGCAGAAUGCUAAGAUGAUCAUUUCAGAAUUGCAAUUAACAACACUCCCAGUUGUAGCUGCUUUGGAAGAGGAUUUAAUUUCAGAAUCUCUGGCUAUUAAAAUUCUUGAGAUUCAGCUUUCCAGAGGGCAUCUAAUGAUACCGGCCACAGGAGAACGGCUGACUUUGCACAAAGCUUUUCAGAAGAACCUAAUUUCUGCAGCAUUAUAUACCAAGCUCCUAGAAAGACAUGACAUGUGCAAAGACCUUAUUGACCCCAACACUGCAGAAAAGAUCGCCCUUGAGGAAUUGCUUGAAAGAACUGUAGUACAUAGAGAAACAGGCUUGAGGCUGUUACCUGUGACCCCUCAAGAAAGAGGCAAAAUAACACUAAAAUGUGGAAGAAAGAUAACUAUUUUUAGAGCAGCUCAUGAAGGACUUAUAGAGAGGGAGACCAUGUUCAGGCUGUUAGGGGCUCAGCUACUUUCUGGAGGCAUAAUUCAUCCUGAUACAGGACACAGAAUGUCUCUUGAGGAAGCAAUGAAAGAAGGUGUAAUUGAUCAGGACACUGCCUGUGCUAUUUUGACUCAUCAGAUCCAGACAGGUGGGAUCUUCUGUCAAAAUUCAUCAAAACGUUUGACUGUAGAUGAAGCUGUACAGUGUAACUUAAUAUCUUCUAGCAGUGCCUUGCUGGUCCUACAAGCACAACGAGGCUUCAUUGGACUCAUCUGGCCACAUAGCGGUGAAAUAUUUCCUGUAUCUACAUCUUUGCAUCAAGGCAUGAUCACUAAUGAGCAGGCCUGCAAAAUUCUAAAUGGGCGGCAAAAAAUAGCAGCAUUCUAUAUUCCAGAAACUUGUGAAGUGAUUGGCCUGGAUGCUGCUGCCCAGCAAGGAGUCAUAGAUAGUAACACUAAAUCAAUUUUAAAUAAUGUUACCCUACCUGAUGAAAUGCCUAAUAUGGAUGAUAUACCAUUCCCUUUGAAAAAAGCUGCAAGAUGGCUCUCCUCUUGUGAACUUCAUCCACCCACCCAGCAUGCUCAUGGAAAGGAUGCUUCUGACACUAGCGAGCCCAUACUUAGGUUCUCAGAACAAAUGCAAAAGCUCUUCAUGUCUUACCUAAUGAUCAAUAGUUGUAUGGAUGCAAACACGGGGCAGAGACUUUUGUUGCAUUGUGGUGACUUAAAUGAAACUGUCAGCUCGUUAAUGGAUGACAGUCAUUCAGAAUAUUAUACAGAUAGGACAGAAGGGCAAUUUUGUAUAAACACAAAAACACAAAAUCUUGAGCAACAGCCUGAAUACGUAACGUUUAGUGGCAUCACUAGCAAUGUUUUAGGUCAAGGGACAAGUGUUCAAAAUAUUUCUAAUGGCAAUAACAAAAAGGAGUUUUAUAAAGAUCACUGGAAUGACAAAAGCUCAGGGGAAAAUGGUUUCCCUGUUGUGGCUAGUGGUUCAGAGCAGUCAGAACGUGGCACAAAUACUUUAUUUUGUAAACAGGAAGAUAGAGCUGGAAAGGUAAUUGAUACAAAUCAAAACCUUGAAAAAGAAAAUGCAUUUAGAAGUUUGCUGAAACCUUCUGAACAAAUGCAAGUGGUAGUGUGUGAAAAUACAACUAACCAAGCAAAUGCUGGAAAUGUUGAAACAAAAGUGUCUCUUUCUGACUAUUCACAAAAAAGCCUUCCUCCAAGAAUAAAUGAAGAUAACAUUUUCAUGAUAGAGGGGAAGAACAUCAAGGGGAAUGAAAACAAGAUGCCUUCAGGCAUCUUAGACAACAUUCUGGAUAUAAAUUAUUCUUCAGCUAUUAAGAAAGAAGAGGAAGUGCAAGAGAGCUCUUAUGUUUCACAUCUCAUGGGCAACAACAUGCAGAAAUGCAUGACUUGCGUUUUGCAGACUGAAGAAGACAUUAUUUUAAUAAAGAAAGAUGAGGUAAAUGAUGACUUUCAGGAUAGUUUAUACAUCUGCAUGGAACCUGACAAUAAACUCUUAAAUGAUGAACUUACUGGGGAAGAGUUAGGGCCUUGUAAUGAGAGUAGGAUAUUACAGUCACGAAAUAAUGCUACUCCACUACUGCGUAACAGUGAUGAUAACGGGAACAGUGAGUCUCAUUUACAAGUCUUUAUUGAUGCAAAUGAGAGAUUACCAUUAGAAUACCACUGUAUAACACAUGAUGCCUGUCUUCAUAAGACUGAUAAGCCACCGCAAGAAGUCCUUACAAAUAUAGAUGCCAAUCCACAACCAGAAGACUAUGCUAAUAAAUUUACUGGGUGCCUGUUAGAAGACCAUGCCAGUGUGCAAGAUGCAUUACAGUUGGAAGCUAGAGAUCAUAUACAUGGCAGUCUGUCACUGGAAGAUUGCCCUAAUAAAUAUAGUGUGUCAGUCCUAGAAAAUACUUUCAUUCCCAAUGGCCAUCCAGUACAGAAAGACAACAUCACUUUGAUUUCUGGAUUGCAGGAAGAGCAAAUUGAAAUGGAAAGUGGCCCAUCUCUGGAAAGUCAGAUUAAUAUCAGUGAUGUACAACAACCCAUAGAUCUGGCUAAUUUAUGUAGUGUGUCUUUGCUUGAUGACCAUACAAAUUUUGAAGGCAUUGCACUGUUGGAAUAUCAUACUGAAGAGAAGUAUAUUGGACCAAUUCAGAGAAAUUAUGCUAUUACUCAUGCUGGGAUUCCACUUGAAAGUACCAUUGGUACAAAUGCUGGGAUCCCAGUAGAAGUCAGUACUGAAUCUCUUAAUGCAUCAUCCGUUAAAAACAAUACUGAUAGAGAGUCCACAUCAGCUCUGGAAGUCAGUGCUAGUAUGAAGCAUAAUGAGCCAUCUGUAGACGACAGUAGGGCAGCAUUUAUGUGUGACAGGUUAUUUCUGGAAAGCUGUAACAGUAAGCCAUCUGAACUGUUGCAUGAAAGAGAAUGUAGUACUCCACAGUCAGAAAUUAGCAAUGACUAUAAGGAUCCUUGUGACACAGUUAAAGAUGGCAGCAAGUCCAGUGAUUCUCUACAAAUCAAUCGUAACAAUGAUAAAUCUUAUAACACAGGCAAGAUUGAAAUAGGUGAUUCCUCUGCUGUUAAGGAAGAUGUUGUCCCAGAGCUCAGCCACAGUUCUGUAGCCAUCAAAGGAGCAGCAGAUAAUCCAAUACAAGAAGCAGAAUCUUCUGUGGACAACCUGAAUGCAGAAGAGGAAGGCAUUCUGUGCUUUAGUGAAUCAAAUGAUUCUGAUAUAUUUGAAAUUAUCAAUAUGGCAGCAUUCAGUGCAAAGAUACGAGGGACAAUCUUAGAAGAACAGGCAGAAAGCACUGGAGAUGUAGAAAAAGGUCAGAAAAAAGGAAGUGAAGAAAGUAGAGAUUGCUCCCUGGGAAAGUUGGAUGAAGCUGAAAUGAAAAAAGAUGAGCAUGAGAGAAUCAGAAUGAAAGGAGAAGAUGACUCUGAAAGUGAACAUGAAAUCUUAUUUAUGGAUAAUGGCAGUGACAAUAGUGGGGAUAAUGAGGAUGAGGAUGAUUUUGAAGGUUAUGAUCAUGUCGAUUUUGAUUAUGAUACUCCUGAUGAAACAGAUUAUGAGGAUGAAGAGGUAUUGGAAAUGCAUUAUUCACAGUGCUGUGAUAAAAGCAUAGGAGUCCAGGUGCCUGCAAUUGCAGAGACAGAAAGCAAGAAUAUUCAUCAUGAAAACAAUGGCUUACUGUGCUUUAAACACUACAGUGUUGAUGAAUACGGAAAUGUAGCUGAUGUUGCUAAAGAAAACAUUCAGGACCUUCACUGUAAAAGUAAAGAGGAAAGCUGGCAAAAAACAGAACAGGCUUCUGAGUCUUUCCUGGAAAAUAAUCCUGCAUUACACAGCAGUCAAACCUCCCAAUUAAGUAUAAACAAUGGUGUGACAUUAGAAGAUAUAACUGGAACAGAAGAGAUUCGUGCUGAAUUAGAUAUAUCUCCUCAAAGCAACUUAUAUGCUGAAAACAACAAAGCUAAAAUUCUUGAUGAUGUAUCUGUGCCAUGUUUGAACUGUGAGAAAAGACAAGAAGUAGACGAUGGAAAAUCAGCACAAGCAUUUACCAGUAUAUCACAUAGUCAAUUAGAAAUGUGUGAUCUGAAACAAAAUAAAAAUAGAGCAUUCAUUCUGAAGGAAGAUAGUAUCCAGGAAUCAAGUGGAAGCUUUGGAGAGCCUUGUUCAUCAGUUUUUAAAAAUGGUUAUAAAAUUACUCCCUUGCGUGAUGAGAAAAUGAGUCUUGAUCAAACUUCAAAUAAGAACACCUUAGUUACACAUGCCAAUGGCUUUGCUACAGAUGAAUCAGUGGUCCACGUAGAGGAGUGCAACCUUUCCACUUAUUUAAAGAAAUGUGCGAAAGAUGUAAUAGGCAGGGAUAUCUUAGCAAUGAGAGGGAGAGAUUCAUCUUACCUUAAGAAAGCUGAAAGAGACAUUGAAGAGAGUGGAGAGGAGCUAGUGGCAGUGAGCAGUGUAAACAGCAGAGAAAAACAGCAUCCAGAAGAAGUUAGUAAAGAGGCUAGUAUUCAUUCCACAGUGUGUCAUGAUAAAGUCCAAAGCUAUAAAUGUGCCUUUAGCAACAUGGAGUGUGUUGAAGUUAUUGAAGAAGUAGGUAACAAGGUUGAAGCACGUUCUGAAGAACAUAUACAUGUAAUUGGCUUCUCUUCUAGUACUUUAGACACCAUGGAUGAUCGCUGGCAUAGCACUGAGCAGAAAAAACAUGAAACAUCAGUCAGUCACAGUAGUGUGGGGUCUCCUAAGGAAGAUGAUGUUCUAGACCAUGAUCCUGCUUUCUUUGAAAAUGGCAUUCAGAUAAAAAUGCAACAACCGCAAAAAGAUGUGAUGCUUCCUAAUUUUCACCCAGUCAGAGAUCAGGAAAUUUAUUUUUCUGAAAAGCCACCUAUAUUACCUGAAAGCCUAACAAAUAUACUUAAAGGCAAAAUACAAGAUGGCCAUGUUUACUGCAAGCAGGAAGACGAACCUUUAAGUUAUAUUGGCACAAGAGCUUUAAUGCAAAAUUUACUUAAAAUGGUUAAUUGCACACCCUGGGGAAAUGAGGAUUCUAGUCAGUCUGAUAUCCCACAUAUAAGUGGUGAUACUAGAACUGCCACUUCACUGAGCCUACAUUCAAAUGAACAUAAUUCUACUCCAUAUAUUUGUCUUGAAAGUAGAAGUCCUGACCUCCUCAUUGAUAUACUGAAGCAAGACCAUUGCAGUCAAAGAAAUGAUGGCAUUCAUGAAACAAUGGACAUGAAGGCCCAGACUGAAAGAGAGCAGGAUAAAAAAACUUCUCAGUAUGAUCAUGACUUUCCUGGAUGUUCAUCACAAUUAAAAGUGGAAACUCCUGCAGAGAGUACUGGCUCAUACAGUAAGGAUCUUGGUUUGAAAGAACACCCUUCGGCUGAGGAGCCAUACAAUCCAUCAAAAAGCUUCUCUGAUGCCUUUGAAUUGAAGGAAUCUGUACCAAGUCCUGAUGCAAAGAGUAUGCUAUACAGUGGUCUGCAGCAAUGUUCUUGGUACACAGAGAGUCUGAGAAGACACUUGACAGUGAUUCAAGAUAUGAAAUUUCUCUUAGAUGAUCUGCACCCCAUCAGUAAUGAUUUGGAAGCCCUAAAAGUGCAACUUGAACAGUUAGAGUCUUUUGAAUCAGGACUUGCUGGCUUUGCUGUUAUUUUGCGGAAAGAUAUGAAGUUAGCAGAAGAGUUUAUAAAAUUUCAGCACAAGGAUGUUCCCAGAGAGCAGCUUGAGGAUCUAAAAGAAAGCUAUGAAUGUUUGGAGAAGGAUUUCUUUGUAGUCUGUGAAAUGUCUUCAAAUCGAGCAAAGCAAAUAGUCUUUGCAGUAAACUCUGAAAUGGCUAAACUUGCAGUGUUACAUCAGGAACAUCUAGUCAAGCUUCAGGAGUUUACAGACUGGAUCGAGGAGAAGAGUGAAACCAUUAACAAUCUCCAGAUGGAUGGAUGUGAUGUAGAUGUGAAGCAAAGGCUUCAGUUAUUCAAGGACCUGGAAAAAGAAUUUGGAUGUAGAAAAAUGCAGUUGGAAUCUACAGCACUUGACAUUCAGUUCUUCAUUUCUGAGCAUGCCCAAGAUCUUUCCCCAAACCAGAGCAAGCAGCUCCUGAGACUCUUGAAUACUACCCAGAAGCACUUCCAGGAAAUGCAAGGGACAAUAAGAUCCCAAGUGGACCAUUUUGAAACUCUCUUAAAGAAAGAACAAGUUCUUGUUGACCAGAAGGACUUGGCAGAGCAGCACCAGGAAUUCACAGAAAAACUACAGGAUAUAUGUGAUCUCCUCACACAGACAGAAAACCAGCUCAUUGGCCACAAAGAAUCGCUUGUUAUUGAAGAUGCUAAGGCUGAGUUGCAGCAGUACCAAGCAAAGCAAGAGGAGCUACAGAGAAAUAUGCAAGCAAAUACACAGGCACUGGCAGAAAUUGUGAAAAAUACGGAGAUGUUCUUGAAAGAAAACGGAGAAAGGCUGCUUCAGGAAGACAAGACUGCUCUUGAAAAGAAGCUUAAUGAAGCCAAGACCAAGUGUUUGCUACUUAGCCAGAAGGCAGAAGAGUCCAGAAAACAGCUGGAUAAAGCCAUGACAACAGCAAUUAAGCAGGAAACAGAAAAGGUUGCAGCUAGAGAACAGCUAGAACAGAGUAAAAGUACAAUAGAAAAUCUUCUGGACUGGUUGUCAGAUGUAGACAAGGACGCCGAAAACAGGAGCAAUAAAUGCAAGCCAGCAAUCAAACAGAAUGACACCCAUUUCCAAGAAGGGGAUGUGGAGGGUUUGGCUGGUGAAGAAGAUGAAGUCAAUGGUAACUUGCUGGAAAUCCAGCAACAGAAUGAAAGUCAUGUAGAUGGACAACUGAAACCCUCAGAAGACAAUCUCAACAUGCAAUAUCAGAAAGCCAAGGCUCAACAUGAGAAAAUUGUUUCUCAGCAGCAAGCUGUCAUAAUAGCUACACAGUCAGCCCAAGCCCUGCUUGAGAAGCAAGGACAUCAUCUUUCUCCAGAGGAAAAAGAGAAGAUUCAAAGGAAUAUGAAAGAACUGAAGGUGCAGUAUGAAACUGCUUUAGCAGAGUCAGAGCAGAAACUGAAGCUAACACGUUCGUUGCAGGAGGAGCUUGAGAAGUUUGAUACAGACUAUGGUGAAUUUGAAAGCUGGCUCCAACAGGCAGAGCAAGAACUUGAUAACCUGGAGACAGGUGCAUCUGACUUCAGUGGUAUUAUCAUCAAACUGAAAAGGCAGAAGAGUUUUUCGGAAGAUGUCAUUUCUCAUAAAGGGGAUUUGCGGUACAUCACAAUUUCUGGACAGAGAGUAUUGGAUGCUGCAAAAUCGUGUAACAAAAGAGACGGUGUCAAAUAUGACAAAGAAGGCAUUGAUACGUCUUCAACUUCCACGGAGGUACAGAAUAAGCUGGAUAGUGCAACUGGUCGCUUCAAAUCUGUCUACUCUAAGUGCAGUAUCCUUGGAAAUAACCUCAAAGAUCUGGUAGAUAAAUAUCAGAAUUAUGAGGAUGCUUCAUCUGGUCUUCUGUCAGGACUCCAGGCCUGUGAAGAAGCUGUGAAUAAACAGUUAUCUGAGGCAGUUGCCAUAGAUCCAAGAAAUCUCCAGAGGCAGCUAGAAGAGACCAAGGUGCUGCAGGGGCAGGUGUCCAGUCACCAGGUUGCUGUAGAGAAACUGAAAAAAGCGGCCAAAGUGCUUUUUGACACCAGGGGAGAAUUACUGCCAGACAAAGAUGAAAUCCAGAAUACUCUGGAUACUAUUGUGGAUAAGUACAACCACUUAUCGAAAGCGGUGAAUGACCGGAAUGAGAAACUUCAGAUCACUCUGACACGUUCAUUAAGCGUCCAGGAUGGAUUGGAUGAAAUGCUUGAUUGGAUGAAUGGAGUUGAGAAGAGUCUUGAGGAGCAAGGUCAAGUGCCUUUGAAUUCUGCUGCUAUUCAGGAUGUCAUUAGUAAAAGCAUGGCACUAGAACAAGACAUUGUAGGACGUCAGAGCAGCCUAAAUGCUAUGAAAGAAAAGGUGAACAAAUUCAUGGAAACAACAGAUCCAUCCACUGCUUCGUCUUUACAAGCUAAAAUGAAUGAACUUUCUCUACGGUUUUGUGAAGCGAAUAAUAAACACAGGAAAAAACUUGAAAAGAUGAAGGGGUUGAAGACCAAAGUAGAGCUGUUUGAAAGCCUGUCUGAUAAACUUCAGUCAUUCUUGGACAAGAAAACUCAAGCUCUCAGUGAGGCUGACCUCCCCGGAAAAGAUGUUACUGAAAUGUCCCUAUAUGUGCAGGAAACCAACACCGAACUGAUGGAGCAGAAAAAAGAUCUUGACACUCUGCAACACCUCAUUGAAGAACUUUCUCCUUGUGCUCUUCCUGGAGACAAGUCAUUAGUGUUAGAAAAAGUAAAUGCCUUGUCAAAGAAAUUCAGAGAAAUGGAAGAGACUAUACGAGAAAAAAAAGAGAAUGUGUCCUCUUGCCAAAAGCAGAUGGAUGAGUUCAAUCUUGGUGUAGAAUCUUUGAAGAAAUGGAUAGACGAGAUGACAGAAAAAAUUCCAGCUAUACAGCCCUCUUUAAAUGCCGAGAAUUUAAAUAAGCAUUUGCAAAAUGCCAAGAAUUUGGAGGAGGAAUGGAGUUCAAAGGCACCUGACAUUCAGAAAAUGAUUAGUAGAGGGACAGCAUUGUGCAACCUAAUCAGUGCUGUGAUUUCCCCUGCAAGGUCAAGGAGAGUAAAAUCAGCUGUAAGCGGAACAGUAUUAAAUGGUGAAGGACCAGCUACAGGUACCCAGGGAUUCCUGACAAACAAAGAAGUGACCACUGUCCAACACAACAUGUCAACGAUAAACCAUAGUUACGAUGACUUGGGAGCAAUACUGAAGGAAAAGAGAUCAGAACUGGAAUCCACUCUUUUAAAUAUGCAAAACAUUCAAGAAGAAUCAAAUUCAAUGGUAGAAUGGUUACGGAAAAUGGAUACUGCUGCAGCCAAGUGGGAAGCAACUCUUCUUGACAGUGAAGCAGUUAAAGAACAAGUGGAUCAACAUAAGCUAUUUGAAACAGAACUGAAACAGAACGAGAAUAAAGUGCAAGAACUAAAGGACAGAGUGACAGAGCUGUUGGAGAAGAACCCGGACUCUCCCGAGGCGCUGAAAUGGAAACAGAUGUUAGAAAAAAUAGAUUCCAAAUGGAAAGAACUCAGCCAGGUAGCAGCUGAUAGACAGAAAAAACUGGAAGAGUCAUCAAAUUACCUGACCCAGUUCCAGGCUACCGAGGCUCAGUUAAAACAGUGGUUGGUGGAAAAGGAAUUAAUGGUCAGCGUGCUUGGACCACUGUCAAUUGAUCCAAAUAUGCUGAACACACAGAAGCAGCAAGUUCAGAUUCUGCUCAAUGAGUUUGACACUCGAAAACCUCAGUAUGAGCAGCUAACUACAGCAGGACAAGGGAUACUCAAGAGGCCAGGUGAACACCCACCUUCUCAUGCAACAGUGAAGCAGAAACUAGCCGCUGUGGCACAAAAAUGGGAUAGCUUAACAGGACAGCUAGGUGACCGAUGUGGCCGAAUUGACCAAGCCAUUGUCAAAAGCACGGAAUAUCAAAGCUGCCUGAGAAGCCUGUCUGAGAAGCUUAGUGUCUUGGAUGAUAAACUCAGCAGCAGCCUGGCUAUAAGUACAGACCCUGAUUCUGUGAAACAGCAGCUGGAAGUGGCCAGAGAAGUGAAAGAAGAAAUAGAACAAGAAAUGCUGAAUAUAAAUGUUGCUCAGACUCUAUGCGAGGAAUUGUCAGUACUGGUGGCAGAAGAUUACUUGAAAGCAGAACUUGCUAGGCAAUUGGAUGGCAUCUUAAAACCCUUUCAGGAUAUGGAACAAAAAGCAGGCACUCACAUUGAGCAACUUCAGUCGACAUAUGUUAGUUGUCAUCAGUUCCAGCAAAUGUCUAAGGACUUUCAGGCUUGGCUGGACAAAAAGAAAGAAGAACAAAACCAGCCUAGACCCAUCUCUACCAAGAUGGAGUCUCUGUGGACAUUAAUUGAUGAUCAGAAAGAGUUCAAGGCAGCCUUAUCUGAUCAGAUAGGUUCUUAUGAAAAAAUAAUUGCAGAAGGCGAAAGUCUACUCCAGAAGUCUCAGGGGGUGGAGAAGGCAGAGCUGCAGUUGCAACUGAACUUGCUCAAAGGUAACUGGGAUGAACUGAACAAACAAGUUAAAGAAAAUCAAGACAAGUUAAAUGAUUGCCUGGAAAAAGCCCUCAGAUACAAAGAGCAUGUAGAGAACUUACAGCCUUGGGUAGCGAAGUGCCAAAGCAACCUGUCUGAAAUAAAAAUGAGCAUAGAUCCUGUUCAGCUAGAGAAUUCCCUUGCUGAGGUGAAGACCUGGCAGAAGGACUUAGACAAACACCAAGGGAUGGUGGAGCUUUUAAGUAAUGCAGCUGAAACUUUCCUCAGUGCCUGUCAGACAGAUAAAGACAUUAUUGAGGAGGAGAAGGCACUGCUGAUCCAGAAAAUGGAUAUGAUCACAGAACAAAUGCAUGCUAAGAAAGAUGGUCUGGAAAAGAUGUCUCGGAGACUAAAAGAGUUUCAAGAAUCAUCCAAGGAAGUUAAAGAGCAGCUGAAGAAUGUCAGAGAACAGCUGGAAAUGCAUGAUUCUCUCAAACCCCAAAUUUACAGUAACAAACACUUGACGAUUAUGCAGACUCAGCAGAAAACACUCCAGGUCGUAAAGUCUCAAGUGGACCUUACAAAAAGGCUUGCCCAAGAACUGGUGGUAGAUGCUUCAGAUUCAUCAGGUGUCUCUGAACUCUUGUUGCAAGCAGAAACAUUGGAAGAUGAAUUCAGCGCUGUCAGCCAGCAGACUGAAGAUAAAUGCUCCUUCCUGGAGACUAAACUCCAGGGAAUUGGCCAUUUCCAAAAUACCAUCCGAGAGAUGUUUUCUCAGUUUGCAGAGUUUGAUGAUGAGUUAGACAGCAUGAAUUCUGUGGGUAGGGAUCUUGUCACACUGCGGUCACAGCAAGAGGAUAUCAAAACUUUCCUGAAAAAAUUGGAGGAACUCAUAAGCAGUAAUGAACAUGCAAAUAAGACCUGUAAAGUGAUGUUAGCAAAUGAAGCUGAAGCUUCUCCGGAUCUUGCCGGUAUAAAAAGGGACUUGGAAGCUUUAAAUAAGCAAUGCAACAAGUUAUUGGACAGAGCAAAAGCCGGAGAGGAACAGAUUAAAGGGACUAUUAACCGCAUCGAAGAGUUCUACAGUAAACUGAAGGGAUUUUCCAGACUACUUGGGGAAGCAGAAGAACAUGAAAACUCCCAAGGUCCUGUUGGAAUGGAAACUGAAACUAUAAAUCAACAGCUGAAUGUAUUUAAGGUAUUUGAGAAAGAAAAGAUUGAACCACUGCAAGUUAAGCAACAGGAGGUAAAUUGGUUGGGUCAAGGACUUAUUCAGAGCGCUGCUAAAAAUGCGAGUACUGAUAACCUCGAACGUGAUCUUGAGGAUGUUAACACAAGAUGGAAAACUCUCAACAAAAAGGUUGCACAUAGAGCAGCUCAAUUACAAGAAGCAUUACUCCAUUGUGGGAGGUUUCAAGAUGCUGUUGAAUCUAUACUUAGUUGGCUUAUCGACACAGAGGAUCUCGUGGCUAAUCAGAAGCCUCCUUCUGCUGAGUUUAAAGUUGUGAAGGCCCAAAUACAGGAACAGAAACUUCUCCAGAGAUUGCUGGAUGACCGCAAACCCACUGUUGAACUAAUCAAGCGAGAAGGGGAGAAAAUUGCAGAGUCAGCAGAGCCUGCUGAUAAAGAGAAGAUCUUGAAACAGCUGAGUCUCCUGGACAGCAGAUGGGAUGCAUUGCUUGAUAAAGCAGAAACAAGGAAUCGUCAAUUGGAAGGUAUCUCAGCUGUAGCACAGGAAUUCCAUGAAACUUUAGAACCACUCGUUGAAUGGCUAACCACCACUGAAAAGAAACUUUCAAAUUCAGAACCCAUUGGAACACAGGCUUCCAAACUACAGCAACAGAUUUCUCAACAUAAAGCCUUUGAGGAAGACAUCACCACUCGCAAUAAAAAUGUACAGCAAGCUAUUAAUAUUGGUAAGGCUUUAAAGACCAUGAGCUCCAGGGAAGAUAAGGAAAUGGUGCAGGAGAAACUAGAUUCUUCAAAAGCCCGAUACAGUGAGAUUCAAGAGAAAUGCAGCAGUAGGGCUCAGCUUCUACAGCAAGCCUAUUGCAAUGCUCAGAUUUUUGGAGAGGAUGAAGUUGAGUUGAUGAAUUGGCUGAAUGAAGUACAUGAGAAACUGAGCAAACUGACAGUUCAAGACUACAAUACUGACUUACUAGUGAAACAACACACUGAAAUGCUGGUUCUUCAAGAGGAGAUUCUGCUCAGAAAGCAGAAUGUUGAUCAAGCUAUACAAAAUGGUUUGGAGCUUCUCAAACAAACUACAGGUGAUGAAGUUGUCAUAAUUCAAGAUAAACUUGAAGGCAUUAAAACAAGGUACAAAGAUAUCACUAAGCUGAGUCCUGAUGUGUCCAAGACUUUAGAAAAGGCUCUACAGCUUUCAGGUCAGCUGCAAUCAGUUCAUGAGAAACUUAGCACUUGGCUUGACAAAGUUGAGGUGGAAUUACUGUCAUAUGAAUCUCAGCAUCCCAAAGGUGAAGAGUUAAAUCAAGCACAAGAAAGACAAAAGGCACUGAAAAAAGAAGCAAAGGAAAAUAGAAGCAUAUUGGACACUCUUAAUGAAGUCAGCAGUGCUUUGCUUGAACUGGUGCCAUGGAGAGCAAGGGAAGGGAUAGACAAAAUGGUUGCAGAAGAUAAUGAACGAUACAGAUCAGUGAGUGACACUAUAAGUCAGAAAGUGGAAGAAAUUGAUGCUGUCAUUUUCAGAUUGCAGCAGUUUGAACAUGCAGCUGACACUGAAUUGGCCUGGGUUGAUGAGACAGAAAAGAAACUGAUAUCUCUGGAGGAUAUUAGGCUUGAACGUGACCAGACCAUUGCUCAGCUACAAGUUCAAAAGGCAUUUACCAUGGAGAUUUUGAAACACAAGGAUACAGUAGAAGAACUUGUUGCAUCUGGGGAUGAGAUUAUGAAGACAUGCACAGAAGAGGAGAAACAAACCAUGAAGAAAAAACUGGAAAGCCUCUUACAAAAAUACAAUAUACUCUGUCAAAUGAACUCUAAGAGGAACCUGCAGUUAGAACGAGCUCAGUCUCUAGUCAGUCAGUUCUGGGAGACUUAUGAAGAGAUUUGGCCAUGGUUAACUGAAACAACAACAGUCAUCUCACAGCUUCCGGCGCCAGCUCUUGAAUAUGAAACUCUAAAGCAACAGCAAGAAGAACAUCGGCAACUGCGAGAGCUGAUUGCUGAACACAAGCCUCAUAUAGAUAAGAUGAAUAAGACUGGACCUCAACUUCUGGAGCUAAGCCCACGAGAAGGCUUUUUAAUCCAAGAGAAAUAUGUAGCAGCUGAUGCCCUUUACAAUCGAAUUAAAGAAGAUGUGAGAAAGCGGGCCCACGCACUGGACGAAGCCAUUUCUCAGUCUACCCAGUUCCAUGACAAGAUAGAUUCAACCACUGAGAGCCUGGAACGCAUUGUUGACCGGUUGAGGCAGCCACCUUCAAUCUCUGCCGAGGUUGAGAAGAUUAAAGAACAGAUCAGUGAAAAUAAGAAUGUGUCAGUUGAUCUUGAAAAACUUCAGCCAGUGUAUGAAACGCUCAAACAGCGUGGGGAAGAAAUGAUUGCACGUUCAGAAGGAACUGAUAAGGACAUAUCUGCUAAAGUGGUUCAAGAUAAGCUUGAUGAAAUGGUCUUUAUCUGGGAAGACAUCCAUACCUUGGCUGAGGAAAGGGAGGCCAAACUACUUGAUGCCAUGGAAUUAGCAGAGAAAUUCUGGUGUGACCAUAUGGCUCUUAUAGCCACUAUUAAAGAUACUCAGGAUUUUAUCAGAGAACUAGAAGGACCUGGAAUUGACCCUUCAGUGGUAAAACAGCAGCAAGAAGCAACUGAGACUAUCAAAGAAGAGAUAGAUGGGUUACAAGAAGAACUAGACAUAGUGGUGAACCUUGGCUCUGAACUCAUAGCAGCAUGUGGAGAACCUGACAAACCAUUAGUCAACAAGAGCAUAGAUGAGCUAAAUUCUGCUUGGGAUGCUUUAAAUAAAGCAUGGAAGGAGCGUGUUGACAAGCUUGAGGAAGCCAUGCAGGCAGCUGUUCAGUAUCAAGAUGGAUUGCAGGCCAUAUUUGACUGGGUGGAUAUCGCUGGCAGUAAAUUAACUUCCAUGUCACCAGUUGGAACAGACCUAGAAACAGUAAAACAGCAAACAGAAGAACUGAAGCAAUUUAAGAAAGAAGCCUAUCAGCAACAGAUAGAAAUGGAACGACUAAACCAUCAAGCAGAGCUGUUGUUGAAGAAGGUGACAGAAGAGAGUGAUAAACACACCGUACAAGACCCUUUGUCUGAACUCAAGCUGUUGUGGGAAAGUCUGGAAGAUAAAAUUGUUAGCCGCCAGCAUAAGCUGGAAGGUGCUUUGUUAGCUUUGGGACAGUUCCAGCAUGCCCUUGAUGAGUUGCUGACAUGGCUGACACACACAGAGGACCUGCUGAAUGAACAGAAACCUGUGGGUGGUGACCCCAAGGCUAUUGAAAUUGAACUGGCCAAGCAUCAUGUGCUACAAAAUGAUGUGUUAGCUCACCAGUCCACUGUGGAAACAGUUAAGAAAGCAGGAAAUGACCUGAUUCAGUCUAGUGCUGUUGAAGAAGCAAGCAAUUUACAAAGUAAGCUGGAACUUCUAAAUCAUCGAUGGCAAAAUGUCUUGGAAAAAACAGAAAAAAGGAAACGACAGCUGGACAGUGCUUUGAUCCAGGCCCAAGGUUUCCAUGGUGAAGUUGAAGAUCUGCAACAAUGGCUGACAGAAACCGAACGUCAGCUUUUGGCAUCAAAGCCUGUUGGUGGUUUACCAGAGACUGCAAGAGAGCAGCUUAAUAUCCAUAUGGAACUCUGUGCUGCCUUUGAAGCUAAAGAAGAAACAUACAAAUGUCUCAUGCAAAAGGGCCUGCAGAUGCUUGCAAGAUGCCUGGAGUCUGUCGAAACAAACGUUGAGCAGGACAUAAAUAAUCUUAAAGAAAAAUGGGAAUCAGUAGAAACCAAGCUGAGUGAAAGAAAAAUCAAACUGGAAGAAGCCCUCAGUUUGGCAAUGGAGUUCCACAACUCACUGCAGGACUUCAUCAACUGGCUUACUCAAGCUGAGCAAACCUUGACAAUGGCUUCUCGGCCAAGUCUUAUCUUGGAUACUGUCUUAUUUCAAAUUGAUGAACACAAGGUCUUUGCCAAUGAAGUGAAUGCCCACCGUGACCAGAUUAUUGAGCUGGACAAAACUGGAACACAUUUGAAGUACUUCAGCCAGAAACAGGAUGUUGUCCUCAUUAAAAAUCUGCUGAUCAGUGUCCAGAGUAGAUGGGAAAAAGUAGUUCAGCGCUUAGUGGAAAGAGGAAGAGCUUUGGAUGAUGCAAGGAAGCGUGCCAAGCAGUUCUGUGAAUCCUGGAACAAACUUACGGAAUGGCUGGAUGAUUCAGAAAAGGCUUUGGAUGCAGAGCUUGAAAUUGCCAAUGAUCCAGACAAAAUUAAGAUGCAGCUUGCCCAACAUAAGGAGUUCCAGAAAGCUCUUGGAGCCAAACAUUCUGUGUAUGACACGACAAAUAGAAGUGGACGCUCUUUGAAAGAAAAAACUUCCCUUGCUGAUGACAAUCUGAAACUGGAUGAUAUGCUGAGUGAACUCAGAGACAAAUGGGAUACAGUCUGUGGAAAAUCUGUAGAAAGACAGAACAAACUGGAAGAAGCUCUUCUGUUUUCUGGGCAAUUUACUGAUGCUCUUCAGGCUCUCAUAGAUUGGCUGUACAAAGUGGAACCGCAGCUGGCCGAAGAUCAGCCUGUGCACGGAGACAUUGAUUUAGUGAUGAACUUAAUAGAUAAUCACAAAGCCUUCCAGAAGGAACUGGGAAAGAGGACAAGCAGUGUCCAGGCUCUGAAGCGCUCUGCUCGUGAGCUGAUAGAAGGUAGCCGUGAUGAUUCCUCCUGGGUUAAGGUCCAAAUGCAGGAACUUGGCACUCGGUGGGAAACUGUGUGUGCACUGUCUGUCUCCAAGCAAACACGACUGGAACAAGCCCUCCACCAGGCGGAGGAAUUCCAUUCUGUUGUGCACGUUCUUUUGGAAUGGCUGGCUGAGGCUGAGCAGGCCCUUCGUUUCCAUGGCAAUCUCCCAGAUGAUGAAGAGGCUCUGCGUACUCUAAUAGAUCAGCAUAGGGAAUUCAUGAGGAAACUGGAAGAAAAAAAGGCUGAACUAACUAAAGCCACAGGUAUGGGAGAAACCAUCCUGGCUAUCUGCCACCCAGACUCCAUCACUACCAUUAAGCACUGGAUAACGAUAAUCAGAGCAAGGUUUGAAGAGGUGUUAGCAUGGGCAAAACAACAUCAGCAGAGGUUGGCAGGAGCUCUGGCUGCGCUUAUCGCUAAUCAAGAGUUGUUGGAAGCAUUAUUGACCUGGCUGCAGUGGGCAGAGACAACGCUUAGUGAAAAAGAUAAAGAGGUCAUUCCUCAGGAGAUUGAUGAUGUAAAGGCACUCAUAGCUGAGCAUCAGACAUUCAUGGAGGAAAUGACUCGAAAACAGCCUGAUGUGGAUAAGGUCACUAAGACACAUAAAAGGAAAGUAGCUGAAUCUGGUCCAAUCCAGUCUCAUAUUCCUGUCUUGGAUAAAGGAAGAGGAGGAAGAAAGCGUUCCCCAACACCAAGUAUGUAUCCCUCAGGUGCACAGGCCCAGAUUGAAACCAAGAAUCCACGAGUGAACCUCUUAGUCAGCAAAUGGCAACAAGUCUGGCUUCUGGCCCUGGAAAGAAGAAGGAAACUUAAUGAUGCUUUAGACCGACUAGAAGAGCUGAAGGAAUUUGCCAACUUUGAUUUUGAUAUUUGGCGGAAGAAGUAUAUGCGUUGGAUGAACCAUAAGAAAUCUCGAGUCAUGGACUUCUUUAGGAGGAUAGAUAAAGAUCAAGAUGGAAAGAUAACCAGACAGGAAUUUAUUGAUGGGAUCCUUUCUUCAAAAUUUCCUACUAGUCGGUUGGAAAUGAGUGCAGUUGCAGAUAUCUUUGACAGAGAUGGUGACGGAUAUAUUGACUAUUACGAAUUUGUAGCAGCGCUCCAUCCAAACAAGGAUGCAUACAAGCCUCUGACAGAUGCCGACAAAAUUGAAGAUGAGGUGACAAGGCAGGUAGCAAAAUGUAAAUGUGCAAAGCGAUUCCAGGUGGAACAGAUUGGUGACAACAAGUACAGAUUCUUCCUGGGAAAUCAGUUUGGUGACUCCCAGCAACUCCGUCUUGUCCGUAUUCUGCGGAGCACUGUUAUGGUUCGAGUUGGAGGUGGAUGGAUGGCACUUGAUGAGUUCUUAGUGAAAAAUGAUCCUUGCAGAGUUCAUCAUCAUGGAAGUAAAAUGUUACGUUCGGAAUCAAACUCUUCAAUUACCACUCAGCCGGCUUUAGCUAAAGGGAGGACUAACAUGGAGCUUCGAGAGAAGUUCAUUUUGGCAGAUGGAGCUAGCCAAAGCAUAGCUGCCUUCCGACAAAGGGGACGUAGAUCACGACCUUCUUCCAGGGGUGCUUCACCCAACAGGUCCACGUCUGUGUCAAAUCCGCCUGCCCAAGGGACUCCAACACCAGCUAUUGCUGCCAGCACACCCAAGACACCCCAUCAUUUAACACGCAACUAUGGUAAACCAUGGUUGAUAAACAGCAAAACAUCAUCUCCUUGUAAACCACCAGAGUGCUCUGAAUAUCAAGUGUCAUCCACAGAGGGGACUCCAAUACAAGGGAGUAAACUUAGAUUGCCAGGAUACCUGUCUGGGAAGGGUUUCCAUUCUGGAGAAGACAGUGGCCUAAUUUCAACAGCAGCUACGAGAGUCAGGGCACAUUUUGCAGACACCAGAAAAACACCAAGCAGACCUGGAAGUCGGGCAGGAAGCAAGACUGGCAGCAGAGCAAGCAGCCGCCGGGGCAGUGAUGCGUCUGACUUUGACAUUUCAGAAAUCCAGUCUGUGUGCUCGGAUGUAUCAGAGACUGUCCAUACCCCAAUCAGACCGACACCCCGACCUAGUUCUCGGUCAGCAUCUGGCAAGCCUUCCAAAAUUCCAACUCCCCAAAGAAGAUCGCCUGCCAGCAAAUUAGACAAAUCCUCUAAGAGAUAGUGUGAUUGGCUCAGUCAAGGUCUUCUUUUUCCUGUGCAUUAAAUAUUUAAGUUUGUAAGAUGUAAAAUAUUCUGUAGAAAUUAUUGUGAAAUAUUACAAGAGUUGGAUUUUUAAUUUUGGAGAUGGCCUUAUUUGUGUAUUUGUCUUGUUUAUUUUAUGUGUAUAAUUUCUGUCAUACUUGGUUUUGUUUAUGCCAUAUCCUAUGUGAACAGAUUUUUUUUUAAUGUUAACUAAAGGUUGUUUGCAGUAAUGUGUAGAGAGAUCACUAAAAGCAAUUCCUGAAUGUACAGUUGUCUUUGCAUCCUAAGUCAACAAGGCCUGUUGCUUUGUCAUUAGGUUAACGGUAAAGGAUACCUCAUAACUUUGUCUUAAUACAAAUGAAAAAGACAACAGGCAUCAUUAUGCAUUUUGAGCUAACACAGUGGACACUGAAAGGCAUGUGGAGGGGAUACUAAGAGACACUUUAUAUUGCAGUUGAUUAAACCAUAUCCUCCAAAGAAUUCACAGCGAAAGUUACUUAAAGAGCACUUGACAGUACUUCAGUACUCCAAUAUGUUACAGCAUUUUCUGCGCCAUGCUUUAAAGGCCAGACACCAUCUGGAUUCUAGAAUUGUUACACUUGUAUCGGAAUGCCAGUAUAAUCUGCACUCAUGUCAGCGUGAGGUUUUCUUUUGCUUGAGUGGAUGAUAGCACUGUAUCAUUGGACUCAUUUUAUAUCAAAGCAGUUUUGCUUGCAAACAGAAAAGGAAAAAAUCUAUGAAAUAAAUCUUGUCCCUUC